AUGACCCAACAAGUAAAACCAGAUAAAAUAGAUUAUCGAAUUUUAGAGGAUGGUGUUAUCAUUUGUGAUACAGCAACAAAGAAAGCAAAAGCAUUGGGAAUUAUUAAGAAGAAAAAUACUUUAUUCGUGGCUGAAGUAAAGGGUCACAUUGAUGAAAAAUACAUUAAUGAUUACAUAAACUUUUUACCGAUAAUAAGAAACUUAGAUAUUAUCACAGAUGAAAAAACAAUUGGCAGUUUUAUGUAUAAUUACAUGAAAUCAAACAAUCUACCAGUUGACCAGAAACAGAGAAAAUUAACUCAGUUAGCAUCAACACACAACCAAUAUCAACCAUUUUCUUCUUAUUAUCUUUGGUAUCUAAUCGACAGAUUUCAUUUUAUCAUUGAUGACAUUCAAUCAAUUUUAACAUUUACUAAAAACACUUGUUUUAAUGAAUUUGCGAACAAAUUUAUGAACGAAAGACAAAAGGCUGAAUUAGAAGGAAAUAAAGGAAAAAGUUUAUUUUGCAAGAUUUCACUUAAUGGAUCAUAUGGUUACGAUGCAAUGAAUACACAAAAUUACGCAAAGACUAAAAUAAUGAAUGCACAGAAGGCACGCGUUGCAUGUAUGUCAAAUAAGUUUAAAAACAUAAGAGAAAUAGGAGAGGAUACAUAUCAAGUGAUGCUUAAAGAUAGAUUUUAUAGAUGUGAUACAUGUUUACAAGAGGCAUUCUUCACUUUAGAUAAUGCUAAAUACUGGUAUUUGGUUUAA